CAUCAUCUGUGCCUCUGCUCACACAGCCGUGAGAGCAGGACCGCUAGUAUUUACACUCAGACAGUGAGAAGGGGAAAGAGAGAGAGUGAGGGAGCGAAAGAAAGAGGCAGACAGAGCAAGCGUAAGAUACAAAGGGGGAGAAAGAGAGCAACAGCAGAGACACAGAGAGAGAGAGAGAGAGAGAGAGAAAGAGAGAGAGAGAGAUGGAGGAAGACAGGGAGGCUGCAGACAUCUUUGUUAUCAACAAUGGAGCAUGAAGCACUGGUAAGGCGAUAGGCAGAUAUUGGGUAGGGGAGAGACAUUGAGGAAAGAGGGUCUCGUGUGACCACAGGGGGGAGGAAGGAGGAGAAGGAGGAAGUGGAGGAGAAGGAUGGGCCUCGAACACAGACCUGCAGUGGCACUGCCAAUCCUGGAUUAAACAGUAUGCUGGAUAAAAGCGAAGUGACAACAUUGGGCCUGCCCCCCUCAACCAGCCAUGGCGGCUCUGACGGUAACAUCAGCUUGGAUGGGGCUGGGGUGGGUGUGGGGGCGGGAGCAGUGGCCGGGUUGGGGACUGUGGCUGGAGGGGCUGAAGGGGUCUCCGAGCCUCAGCGAACGCGGGUCGCUCUGGAGCACCUGCAGCAGAAGAUCCUGAAGAUAACUGAGCAGAUUCGGAUAGAACAGGAGGCAAGAGAUGACAACGUAGCAGAGUACUUGAAGCUGGCCCACAACGCAGACAAGCAGCAAGCCUCGCGCAUCAAACAGGUGUUUGAGAAGAAGAACCAGAAGUCUGCACAGACCAUCACCCACCUGCACAAAAAGCUAGAGCACUACCACAAGAAGCUGAAGGAGACAGAGCAGAAUGGUCCAGCCCGUCAGCCUAAGGAUGUGCUGCGGGACAUGCAACAGGGGCUGAAGGACAUGGGGGCCAAUGUACGAGCUGGGUUCCAUGGCUUUGGCGGGGGUAUGGUGGAUGGGGUCAAAGGAGGGGUGGAAGGGGUCAAAGGAGCUGUGGUGUCUAAGCCACGGGAGUUUGCCAGCUUGAUCCGCAACAAAUUUGGCAGUGCAGACAACAUCUCCCACCUCAUAGAGGACGAGGUGGGAGGGCACUCGGAGGACGCGCCUGCUCAAAGAGCCCUGAGUGGCAGUGCCACCCUUGUCUCCAGCCCCAAGUACGGUAGCGACGACGAGUGCUCCAGUGCCACCUCUGGCUCAGUGGCAGGCAGUCACUCAGGCGGGGCUGGGGUAGGAGGUGGGAUGUCGGGGCAAGGGCAGGCUGGCCUGGGGAGCCCCAGACUGGAUGGGCACCACCACCACCACCACCACCACAUUCACAGCUCCUGGGACGCCUUGCUGGAAGGCCUGCAGGAGAUCAAGGCCAGCCAGGCCCACAUGGAGGAUGCCAUCGAGGACAUGAAGAGUCAGCUGCAGAGUGACUACUCCUACAUGAACCAGUGCCUGCAGGAGGAGAGAUACAGGUAUGAGCGACUGGAAGAGCAGCUGAAUGACUUGACAGAGCUGCACCAAAACGAAAUGACUAAUCUGAAACAAGAGCUGGCCAGCAUGGAGGAGAAAGUGGCCUACCAGUCCUAUGAGAGAGCCAGAGACAUACAGGAAGCGGUGGAGUCGUGCCUGACCCGCAUCACUAAGUUGGAGCUCCAGCAGCAGCAGCAGCAGGUGGUGCAGUUGGAGGGCGUGGAGAACGCCAACGCCCGCGCCCUGCUGGGCAAACUCAUCAACAUCAUCCUGGCACUCAUGGCCGUAGUGCUGGUGUUCGUCUCCACCCUGGCCAACUUCAUCACCCCACUCAUGAAAACCCGAGCGCGGGUGGCCACCACCGUCAUGCUGGCCCUGUUUCUGUUCAUCCUUUGGAAGCACUGGGACUUCAUGGAGCUGUGGCUAAUGCCCAGCUGAGUUUCCUACAGCCAAUCACCCAUGCCCUUGUGUCUGAGUGACCAGGAUGUGGACAGAGGGACCAGAGUGAUUCACUGAGCUGCCCUAGACACAAUUUGUUCUUAACUGACUUGCCUAGUAAAAUAAAGGUAAAAUAAAAAUAAAAAGACACUCUAACAGUCUGAAACUCAGAGAGCGUGAAUACAAAACUCAUAUUUCUGAAAGAGAACCAGUGCACUUUUUUGAUAGGAUUUAUGCUCAGAGAGUCGUACUUAGGAGGGUUGAAAGGUCAAAACAUUUCUUUACAAAGCGACUGGCGAAGACUUCCUUCGGACAGGGGGGGGGGGGCAUUUCUGGUUGACUGAUGGUCGAGAGAGAGACAAUUAAGGAAGAGUGUUGGGUGUUUUAUGGUGAUUACCAUGACAAGGAACCUGAGGAACUAUCUGCCUGGUCGCUUGGCAACUCAAGCAUUUGCUCUUUCUCAUGACCCAUCUAGUGGUGUCAACUCGCCAUCGUACUGUAGUCACUAUGACCUAAUUACAAUUCGAGAAUUCAUGUUGAAAUUCUUUGACACAUUUUUCUAAUGUUAGUAUAGGCCUACACUUAAAAGUGAAAAUGGAUAAAAGAACAAAUUAUACUUUGUCUUUGCUCAACCAUGUUUGCUGUUACCUUUUUGUUGAGCCAAUUGUAUAUUUGGAGGACAAGGCCAAGCAAAAGGAUUGUUUUUUUUGCUCAAUGUUAGGGUAUGUACUACUCAUGCAUGUCCUCACGUGCAUUUAUACCUGUGUGAUGCACUUGGCAUGAGUAGCAUUCCAACACCAACAGAAAUACACUUUGGACUUAAUAGCAUUCUGUUGUCUGUAGACAGUUUCUACCUAAAUGUUUUUUUAAACUUUCAUCUCCAUAUUAUUUUUAAAACAGUCAACUCAAUCUCUUCUGGUGUUUAAAACUACACCUUUUUUGGUGUAUCGGUCAUUUUAGUGUCUUAUGUGUGAUGCAAAGAAGAAUUUGAGGGCCAGAAAGUAAUCUGGUGAGAUGGAUCAUCAAAACUACUAAAUUAUCUAUAAUCUAUUCUGAGCAUCAAUGCUAUUUUAUAACCACUGUUGUUGUAGAGCAGCUAAGAAUAUAUGUAGUGUCAGAUUCAUAGGCAUGUUAGACCAUUGCUUCCAUAUUUCUAUCCAGUUUGCGAAAUCCAUCACAACUCUGUUGCAAUUCUUAAUAAAUACAUUCUUAAACUAUAUGCUAAUGUUGCAUGAUAUUGGAAAGUAGGAUCAUUUGCAUGCAACUAUGUAUAUCUAACAGUACUGACAAUGGAGUAGAAUAAUAAUAUGGUAAGUAAUCUGUGAUAGUUGGGUCUUCAUUAUAAAAUAAUUACUACAAAUGUCAAAUAGAGUUCCACAACCUAUAAAAUCCCAAUGUAACCCCCCUUCAACAUUUUAUUCUAGCCUGGUUCAAGCUAAAGGUUGUUUUUAUA